AUGAGAGCAUCCCUCUGCUUCUUUGAUUUCUUUUGUCGAGGCUUGAGACGUAUUGAGAGCAUGAGAACCCGGCGCUCAUUGGUCAAAGAAGAUCACGUAUCACAGGGGGCUUAG